AUGGUUUCGCUCGGCAGCUACCUCGCCGUAUACGUGCUCGGAGGCCUCACCUUCUUGCCACUGGUUCUAUCACUAGCCAUCCUUUUCAUCUACCUCACGUUCCCCGAUGUCCCACCGUCACAAGCGAGUUUCCGAGCUCCCGAAGCUCUCCGUCGGCCCACCGACGACGAGUACAGUCUGAAGUCCGGUACUGAUCAGCUGGCGGAGGAAUUCCACCGCACACACGACUCUGACGUAGCUACUGGCUACUUUGCUGUCUGCCGCGAAUAUGUUCCUGGUGGCGUGAAUGGCAAGCCGCCGGAGAGGACCACCCCCGCCGGAGAGGUGGUCGCUACUGAGAGUCCCAGUGUCUAUCAAGCUAUGUACCGCAGCCUCUUUGACAGGAAACAGCCACCGAGUAUUGAGCCGACAAAGGCAAACGGGAAGAAUACUAAGCGUUCGCGGAAUGUGUUUUACAUUGUACUUCGGCAUGGUCAUUUGAUGCUCUACGAUGAUGCAAACCAGGUAGAUGUUCGAUAUGUCAUCUCCCUCGCCCAUCAUGAUGUCUCUAUAUACGGAGACGAGGCCCCCAUUCCCGAGGCUUUGUUAUGGACAAAGAGGAACGCCAUUUGUCUGUCUCGGCGGCUUGAUUCCCUCGGUGAAUUGGGAGGCCCGACACCUCCGUUCUAUCUCUUUUCAGAGAAUCAGUCUGAGAAAGAAGAUUUCUAUCAUGCUAUGCUUCAGAACCAAUCCAGGCUAUGGGCCUCGGCCGACCGUCCUCCUGUGCCCCAAGAGUUUGAUGUAAAACACAUUGUCACUUUGGUUCAACGUCUUCAUUCAUCCGAAGAGCAGCUGCAGACUCGAUGGAUCAAUGCUAUCCUUGGUCGUCUGUUCUUGGCUCUGUACCGUACUCCCGAAGUGGAGGAAUUCCUGCGACUCAAAAUCUCGAAGAAAAUUGCGCGCGUCAACAGGCCCAAUUAUAUCAGUAAAAUUGCUUUGCAUAAGAUCGACUUGGGCGAGGGAGCUCCGUUUAUCACAAAUCCUCGCCUCAAGGACUUGACUGCUGAUGGCAACUGCUGCACCGAGGCGGAUCUCCAGUACACAGGAAACUUUCGCAUCGAGAUCUCGGCAACUGUCCGCAUUGACCUUGGUCCACGUUUUAAGGCAAGAGAGGUGGAUAUCCUACUGGCUGUUGUUUUGAAAAAGCUACAGGGCCACUUGUUGGUGCGGUUCAAACCCUCGCCGAGUAACCGCUUCUGGAUAUCGUUUGAAACCAUGCCCAAGAUUUCCAUGGAUAUCCAGCCCAUUGUCAGCUCGAAACAGGUCACAUUCACGCCUAUUUUGCGGACAAUCGAGAGUAAGAUUCGAGAAAUGGUUGCCGAAAGUCUUGUUCAGCCCUUUUGGGACGACGUACCAUUCCUGGAUACAGAGGGUCAGCAAUUUCGCGGCGGCAUUUGGAAACGGGAGAUGCCUGCAGAUGAUGAUGACAUAGAAAUCCCGGAUGAAUCGGAGAGCUCAGCGAUACCAAAGUCUACCCCUGGGGAUUCUCUGGAAGCUUUGAAAGCUAAGGAUGAUCGGACUAUGAGCAUGCCCGUGCUUUCUGAGCCUGCUUCACAAAAGCUGAAACCACGCAGAGCGCCAAGGACCUCGUCGUCCGACUUACACAACAGUCAGUCCGCCGCGAGCUCGAGUGGCAUAGCUACUGGGGUUGAGAGAUCUGACAGCUCGCCAUUACCACGUGCAAUUCGAUCACAGACAUUUUCCAAUGCCGCAGAUCCCAUCGUGACACCAGAUAAUGCCAAUAAGGUUGCUGCUGAGGGCAAAAAGCACGACAAAACGAGUGCAACCAGCGCUAUGAUUGAAAUAUCAAACCGUUCCCCACCUUCUUCCCCCCAAGGGACCCCGGACAGCUCGCCACCUACCGGUGGGAUCGCUAUGCCAGAACGGAUCGCUCACAGCCGUGGGUCCUCAUUUGCAGAUUCGAUUGAUGGAAUGAGCUUCCCCUAUGACAAUCCUCUUGGAAGUCCCUCCUCACGUUUUGACGGAAAUACGCUGCCUAGUACACGAAGCUCCCGGGGCAGCUCAACAACCUCUCUAUCCGGUGAUCAACCGCGCCGACGCAGUACACUGGAGACUUUGGCUAAACCAUUCACAUCCCCCGAGGAAAAAUCUAGCAGUGGAAACAAUAUUGCUGCAGCAACAGCCGCGGCAAAGAAAUGGGGUAUGAGUGUGUUUGGAAAAGGCGACCAACACGCAAAUUCGGAGGGCAGCCGAUCCCUAGUUGGAACACCUGAUCAACCGAUCGGCCGCGGUCAUCCACAUCUUCCACCAGGUGCUCCAUUACCCCGGCCAGACCGUUAUGCAUUGAAACGGAAUUCCAACUCGGGCACCCUGCCCAAACGGAAGCCCGUGGCACUGCCGCCUCAGCCGGAUCCUCCAAGCACAGGGAGUCAUCGACCAGUCCCACCACCGCCCCUCCCUCACAGGAAGCGCCUUAAUCCUGGCGCCAGUUCUGACAGCAACCCUGACGGCAAUGCUGACGAAGUUCUGGUAGUGGAAGCACCUCAGGACUCUGCCCCGACCAGCCCUGUAGUGGGUGAAUUGGAUCUAGGGGAGCCUCCUCGCAAACAAAAGACUUCUACUGGAGGGGGUCUGUCUAACAUAGAAAACAACCGGCCCGAUUCAGCAUGGAACGACGAGGCAGUACCUGGCGUACAAUCUCUACAGCCCACGGGCUCGACACCUCUUCGCUCCGCAUCAGGCAGCCACGAGGCUUUGCCACCAAAGGAGCCAGUGGAAGUCUCAUAA